UCUUUGUUUGAUGGUUCCAAAGCUUCACGUUACGGUCUAAUCCCAUCCCCUCCGCUUCAUCUUUUCGCCCUGUCUGGCCGAGAUUGUGAUCCGGCAUCAUGAUCGUCAAACUUUCCUCCCCCUACAGCUUCCUGGAUGACUACAGCGAGGGCGCGCACCCGCGCCUGCUGGAGGCGCUCCUCCGGACCAACAUGCCCCAGCAGACCGGCUACGGCACGGACGACUACAGCCACGAGGCGCGCCAGCUCCUGCACGCGCAGCUGCACACCACCGCCGACGAGGUCGCCAUCCACUUCGUGCCCAGCGGCACGUCGGCCAACCUGAUCUCGAUCGCCAGCUGCCUGCGGCCGUACGAGGCGGUCGUCGCCGUCGACUCCGGCCACAUCAGCUGCAAGGAGGCCGGCGCCAUCGAGGCCACGGGCCACAAGAUCAUCGGCGUGCCGCACUGCCGCGGCAAGCUGCUGCCCGACCGGCUCGAGCGCGAGCUCGACCGCAACCAGUUCUUCCCGCACAUGGCCAAGCCCCGCCUCGUCUACAUCUCCCAGUCCACCGAGCUGGGCACCGUCUACACCCGCGCCGAGCUGCAGGCGCUGUCCGCCGUGUGCCGCCGCCGCGGGCUGCUGCUGCUCGUCGACGGCGCGCGGCUGGGCGUCGCGCUGGCCACGACGACCGUCCCGGAGGUCCCCUCGUUGCGGGACAUGGUCGACCUGGCGGAUAUCUUCUGGGUGGGCGGGACCAAGAUGGGCGCGUUGCUGGGCGAGGCGGUCGUCGUGCGCCGCGCGAUCGCCGAGGGCUUCGAGUUCCACAUCAAGCAGCACGGCGCGCUGCUGGCCAAGUCCCGCGUCAUCGGCGUGCAGUUCGCCGAGCUGUUCCGCGACCCCGACACCCCCUUGUUCUUCGAGCUGGCGCGCCACGCCAACGAGAUGGCCCGCCGGCUGGCCGACAACUUCGUGCAGAUGGGCUUCGCGCUCGCCGCCGAGACGGAGACGAAUCAGGUGUUCGUGCAUAUUCCGGAUGACAUCCUGCCGCUGCUGGAGGAGCGCAUCCGGUUCUACGAGUGGGAGAAGGUCGACGGCCACACCGUGGUGCGGAUCGUGACCUCGUGGGCGACGGACGAGACGCAGGUCGAGAAGCUGAAUCAGUGGGUGCGGCAGGUGCGGCGGGUGCGGGCUUGA